GACAAACGUUCUGUCUCUUACACAGUCUCCAAGAGAUAUCGCUGAGUUUGAAAAGAAUUCAUUAUGAAAUUUUGCUCCAGCUUUCUCCUACUCCUCUUCAGCGGCUGGGCAUUAUCUGCAACUAAAUGGAAGCGAGAUGUGUCUUUGGAUCCAGAAUGUGGUGAUGAUGAAACAGCAACUUCUCUGACUUUUCUGGUGGACACCACUGGUUCCAUGGCAGAUGACCUUCAACAGUUAAAGCUGGCCUACACCUGGUUGCUUAGCACUGUUUCUGCUCAGUUCCCAUGUGGCGUACGCCAAUAUACCAUGGUCGAGUUUAAUGAUCCAGGUAUUGGUCCUGUCAGACACACAACUUCUGGAACAGAAUUUGGUAAUUUCUUUCUAAAUCUUAAUGCCUACGAAGGUGGCGACUGCCCUGAAUAUGCAAUGGGUGGACUUAAGAUGGCUUUGCAGGCAUCACCCCACAAUUCAAUAAUCAUGGUCCUGACAGAUGCUUCAGCUAAGGAUUAUAAUAAUGCCAUUUUAAUAAAUGAGAUAAAGUCACUUAUUAGUGUAACACAGUCACAGGUCAUCUUUAUGGUCACUGGCCUUUGUUCAGAUACAAGUGACCCAGCAUUCACUAUUUUUAGGGAAAUUGCCAGACUGAGUUUUGGCCACGUGUAUCAGCUCAACCUUGCAAGUCUUGGGAGCGCAUUUCGAUAUGUAGGUUCUGUUAUAGCAAGACCUGCAAAGUCUUCACUGAGGCUUUUCUCUGGAGAUUAUGAGUCCGGCAGUCAUUCUGAUUCUUUUGCUGUCCCAGAGAAGUUAACUGACUUGAUAAUGACCACCGAAGGAUCAAUUUCUUCUCUAAAAGUUGCUGGACCAGAUACACGUCCUGUGGCAUUGAGAACUGUUGUGUCUGAAAAAUGGGGGUCCAUGUACCGGCUGAGAAGCCCCAAGAAAGGAAGCUGGAAAAUAGAUGUUACUGGAGAAGGCCCACAUUCUGUACGAGUGGAAGGAUUAAAAGUUCCAAGCACUGCAUUGACAACUGAUUGUUCAAAAUGCCACCCUAAUGCAACCUGUGAAGACUAUGAUGGCACUAAAAUCUGCACCUGCAAAGAGGGGUUCUUUGGCAAUGGAAUUAGAUGCACUGACGAGGAUGAAUGUGCUUAUUCCUGGUUAAACAAAUGUGCCGAGGGUACUUGUAUUAACACUAUUGGCUCCUACACGUGUUCUUGCAGUAGUGGGUACAUUGCAAAUGAAGAUCACAUUUGUGUUCCUAUUGAUUACUGUGCAAAGCCCUCGACCAACAAAUGCCAUGAAUAUGCCACUUGCACACAUACUGGCAGUGGCUACACAUGUGCUUGCUCAUCUGGAUUUAAAGGGGAUGGAUUUGACUGCAAGUACAGCAAGUGCACAGAUAUUGCAAGCCUGGACUUUGUGCUGAAGUGCAAUGAGAAUGAGAUGAAAGCUUCGUUUCCAGCCUGCCAGCUAAAACAUCUUGGAUAUGCUGUCAAUGGUGUCCAACUUGCAGAUACACGGUGCACUGGUGUUGAGGACGCCUUGGGGCUCGUUUCUGUUAUUGCGCCUUUAAAGGAAGGAGAGUGUGGAAACACUGUAGUUAAUAAUGGAACCCACACCACCUACAGAAACAGAUUGUUUGUGGCACCAAAUUCAGAGGUGGUGGAUGCAUCAAGCCUAGUCUUUCCAGUUGUAAAGAGAUUUUCCUGCACAUAUAUUAAUAAAGAAAGUGCGUGAGUGAAAUUCAACCUUCUAUCAGCGAGAUCACUGGGGAAAGCUGAGCAUGAAGCCUGAUUUAUCCCAGCAAGAGAGGAGAACUAAAGAGACAGGAGAAACAUAAGAGACCAAGAUAUUGUCUGAAAUUUUGCACAAUUAUUUUUUACUUUUCAUCUUCGCAUUUUAUUUUUGAUAAAUGCAAAAUAAAAAUGGCAUUUGAAACAAUCAGUGAAUAAGAGGCUUGCUUGCAAAAUGAACAUAAAGGAAAACUAUACCCCAGAAGGAAUACCUAACCAACAGAUAGUUUAUAUCAUAUUAAGUAACCUGUUACAGAAUCUCUCCAAACUGGACUAUAUCAAUCAGUAAAUAUUGCCCUUUUACAUCCUUUCUCUUGAGCCGCCAGUUAGUGAUGGGCUGUGUGCUCCCUCAGAGAUCACAUGACCAGAAAUAAUGCAGCUUUAACUGUAACAGGAAGUUGUGUGGAAGCAAAAGACAGAACUCAGUCCAUUCAUUGGCUGAUGGGGCCUAGCUUGUAUGUGUGCCUUGGCUUGUUUGUGUGCACUGUGAAUCCUAUGAUCCCAGGAGGCGGCCCUUAAUUCUUAGAAUGGCACUUUUCUAUUUAGCAUUACCCAAUAGCACAUACUACUAAAAAAAAGUAUAUUUUUAUGAAAAUGGUUUAUUUAGAUGAAGCAGGGUUUUACAUAUGAGCUUGUUUAUGCGGUAUAUUUUUAUAGAGACCAACAUUGUUUGGGGGUAUAGUUUUCCUUUAAAGGCCGAGAAACUUUUCUGUUUUUAAUAGAGCGCCCAAACAUUUAAUUUUUAUAUACCAUGCUAUAUAUGUGUAUAUGGGUAAAUAAAUAUUUUUGAUUUAG